UGCACGGUGAUUAACGUUUCUCAUGGUCUUGCUUGAGUUUCAUCUUGAUCCUGCCAAGGGCCAAUGAGCAGCUAAGGUGUCACAAUGUCUUCUGUUGGCCCCUGUCAAAGAGAAAGCUUAAGAAGUACAUUAUGAGGUACUUGAACCUGAUUGGAUAUCCUUCCUACAUCAGAACUUGCAACUCUUAGUACACCAGCAGACUAUCAGUGGGAUGAAGAGCACUGGAGCUCCAGACGCUAAAUGAAACCAAAACUCAAAGCCACAGUGGCUUUCUCAGGUGGAAAAAACUGAAACAACUUGGAGACAUUGGGGCAAUGGCUGCUGCUCGCAGACCAAAGUGCAGGGCCCGGUUUCCAAGGAGAAAGAAGCAGGCCAGAGGCAGGAAGAGAACACACCGAAAGCUGUUGCCAAAGUGCAGAAAGCAACGUAGAAAACAAGGCAAGCAGGGCACAAUAACGGUGAGAAAGCUAGGUGGGCCUCAAAAGCCAGGUCUGAAGCGACCUUAUGAUGAGUUUGUUUCUAAAGUCCUGCGUCGGCUGCAUCGGGACAAAAUACCCAUAUCAACCAAAGCAAAGGGAAAGAUGAUCUCCUUCAUAAGGAAGUUCUACAACAACGUGUCUGAGAAGGCCCAGUGUAACAAGAGAGUCAAGCAGAGCUGUACCAUCGGCUCCAAGGAAUUACAAAAUGCAUUAAAGAAAGUGAUGCGCAAAAAGCACGCCAUGGAUUUGGUCCAAACUAUACGCAAAGAGCCACGACGCUAUUAGAACUGCUCCUUCCUAUUUUCUUUGGUUGGCCCUUGUGACAUCUACAAACAAGAGGAGGGGAGAGUGAGCCAGCCUUCAAAACAACGCCCCCCACCCCAACAUCUAGUUUCCACCUGAUGAAAAGUCCAGACAAUACUCUAAAGAUACUGAUAAUCUCUUCCUUUUUGAGGAACAUCUCACACAAGCACAGGAACCAACAACCUUCUGACCUGCAGAAAACUCCUCACAUCACUGGAAAAAAAUCUUUGGAAAAGAAACAUCUUAUUCUUAGGAG